AUGGAUUUUUCUAGCUCAGUGGAAGAGAUCGUGGCACUCAACAACUUCGCUCAUAUCCAUCUGAUCGGAGAUUUCAACCUUCCUGGUAUCAGCUGGACUUCAUCCCAGGUCGUGCCCAACCAUUCCGCAAUUGCGAUCUCCGAGAUGGCCGAGCUGCUUGGUCUGUCGCAGGUAAUCCAUUUGGCAAACGAUAGAGGGGUGAUUCUGGAUCUCGUCUUUACUUCUUCUAGUUCUGCGGAGGUCACUCGAGAUGUUGAUCCUCUUGUUGCUGAGGAUAUUCAUCACCCGUCCCUAAGUAUGGAGUUGGAUCUCCCAGUAAAGAGAAAUAUACAUUCUUUCCUCAGACCUGAUUUGAGAAAAUGCAACCUUCAAGCAGUUUUCAGCGAACUUCAAAGAAUGAACAUAAUGUCAUGGACUAUGUUUGACGAUGUUGACGCUUCCUUUGCCGGCUUCUGUAAGACUAUCGGCGACUGCGUAGUAAGGAAUUCUCCUCUGAAGAAACACAGCCAGCCUUCCUUUCCCAUAUGGUUUUCAAAGAAACUUGUCCACCUUACACUCUUGAAAAAUAUUCUUCACAAACAAUUCAAGCUGACCUUCGAUGUAACGAUUUACCGUCGAUUCGCAGCCGUUAGAUCUGAGUGCAAGUCAUUGACAAAAAUUUGUUUCCUGCGCUAUGUCAACCACGUUCAAGAAGUGCUACCAUCCAACCCCAAAAUAUUUUGGACCUAUCUUAAGGCCUGCAACAGAUCUGAUACAGCCCCAUCAGUGAUGUCCUUUGAAGACACCACAUCAUCUGAUGAUGUUUGCAUUGCAAAUAUGUUUGCUGACUUCUUCUCAUCGGUUUUCGGCACCAGCCGAAGCUCUACUCAUACUGAAGACUCUUCUGGUAUUGAUGCUAUUUCUACAUGUCUCCUUGAUUAUGAUGAUGUCCAAAGUGCCCUCACAAAUCUUGAUGUGUCCAAGGGGCCUGGUCCCGAUUCUAUAUCGCUUGCAGUUGUUGCAGUUUAG